AUGGGUGAUAAAAAUGAUUGCCAAAAUAUUGUUUAUAAAUCAACACCGCCGCCUUCAAACAGAAAAAUACGAAAUCCUUUCGAUAAAGCCUUGAUUGACAAGCUGCACAAACCUAUAUGCAGUCCGGGUAUGUGCAAGAUUUAUAAGAAAAAGAGCAAUGGAUCGUUUCGGUGGGAUAUCGACCAGGCAUGCACCCUGGUACCAGCUGACAUUGUAGCUUGCAACAGUCAAUUUGAGCCGUCGCCUGAUCCCGCUCUGGAGAAAAUUGCUGAGGAAGCCACUGACAAGUUUUUCUCACAAGAAAUGGUAAUGCCAAGCCCAUUAAUAGAAUCCUCCAAAAAAGCUAAGCCACUGUUACAAACAUCAAUUGAAGCAAACAUUCAAGUAGAUAGCAUAAUCAAAGAAAAAGUUAUGACUAAGGAUGUUUCAGCUCAAACAGUGCUCACCUUGCCACCAGAACUACCCCCAGAGUUGGAAAAAUUGCUCCAACCAUUCUGUACUUUUACACAGGAGCAAAAUAUGUCUGGUGAAUAUGAAAUCACGGCGAAUGGGUCUUUACGUCGCAAGUUGUUUUUCGAAGAACACAGUGAUAUGGAGCAGUAUGACUCUGAACAGUCUGAUGAUGAUUCCCGCGUGGAACAAAGACCUCCUUCGACCUACGAGGCCCACACACCUGUACUGUUCAGUCCAGAUCUCAGCCGAGACCUAGUAUCAAAGGGUAUGAAGCGUACUUUCGGUACGCCAUUGAAGAAGGUAUCGUCAGGCAGCAGUAAGCCGUACAGGAACAAAAUACUAGAUGUUGUGGACUUUGGGGAGCCCUGCUUCAGUCCUAUAGGGUUCAGAACUCCACGACGCACUGGGUCUGUGCAAUGUCAGGGGUCGGCUACUUCGUCCUCUUUAGCCUCGAUCUCGCCAGUCAUGAAAGCGUCUUCAAGUGAUGAAGAGAAAAACAACUUCACAUCACCGGAAACCGAAACAAUGGCUACAUGUUUAGACUGCCUCCAUGCAGAACCUAAGAGCGAGAAGAAGGGUCCUUGCUUCUGUAAACUAACACCGAACAAAAUAAAGCGGAGUACGUCCCUGAAGGAGUCUCCUCCCAAACAUAGGAAGAGCUCCUUCUCAUUUUCAGAGAAACGCAGCCUCAGUAUGUCGAGUCUACAUCGAAGUCGCUCGGUUCAGAAACUGGACUUCAGUAUGGACAUGAGUGUUGAUGGUUCCUUCCACAACCAUUCUCAAGCUGAUUCAGAGCCCAGUUCGCCAAAGAAGGCAGAUGCAGCCUGGUCCCUUGUAGAAGAGUCUAGCAUUCAUCAUUUAGUGAAAGUUGAAACGGCGAAGAGCUUGGCAAACGAGAUACAGUCGUCUACUAAGAUUCACAGUGUUGAUGUGAAUAUAGAUGACACGCCUGUCAGAAGCAAAUUAAGGAGCAACACACGCGCUCAUGAAAUUAGCAAAAUUCGCGGACCGAUGGCUUUGAGCCCUCUGCACAUGUCUCUAGAUAAUAGUUUAGAUAAUUCAGAUAAUCCACUCGGCUUGGAACAUAAAAAGAUAGACUUUAACAAAGUUGAUCUCAAAUUAUUGACUGAAAAUAUAUCGCAAUUUGAUUACACAGCAAACAAUAUGACCAAAGUGGGUGGUGAUAGCUCAACUAGUUUUAAGAAAAUAGAUAGUGGAUUUAAUGAGAAUACAUUCUAUGUAAACGCUUCUAGUUACUAUGAAAGUGCCAUAAAACCGUCAGAACUAACCGUGACUAAUGUAUCAAAGACUUGUAGCAAUAAGAAUGCUUUGAAAGAGAUCUCUAAUAUUAAUUGGAUGAGAGUUGAUAGUGGGUUUAAAGAUGAAACAUCUUCUGACGCUACGCAGUUUUAUCCUUCACACUGUGAUAAUUCUGUCAAAAAAAUGUUUAAUUUUUCUGAAACAAAGUUAGAAGAUAAGGAGAACUUGGUUGCUGAAGACUAUGACAAGUUCUUGGGCCAAGCCAAUAAUAAAAACGAUGCUUUAUCCAUGUCUGACAUCUUCACUGAUGAAAUGACGUUUAAUUGCAAUUUUUCUUCAACUCCAUCUAAAAACAAGUCACGGAAAGUUCUUUCGUAA